AUGAAAAAAGUGGUGAUGGAUGGAGAGGGGCGACCAGGACCAAUUGGAAUUCAAGGUCCAGUGGGUCCUCAAGGAUUUCCUGGCCCUAGUGGUUUAUCAGGGUUGAAAGGAGAAAGGGGCUCCCCAGGACCUCUGGGACCGUAUGGACCAAAAGGAGAUAAGGGUCCCAUGGGAGUUCCUGGCUUUCUUGGCAUCAAUGGGAUUCCGGGCCACCCUGGACAGCCAGGACCCAGAGGCCCACCUGGCCUGGAUGGCUGUAAUGGAACCCAAGGAGCUGUUGGAUUUCCAGGCCCUGAUGGCUAUCCCGGGCUUCUCGGACCACCCGGGCUUCCUGGUCAGAAAGGCUCUAAAGGUGAACCUAUCCUUGCCCAAGGUAGUUUCAAAGGAAUGAAGGGGGAGCCUGGGCUGCCCGGACUGGAUGGAAUCACUGGCCCACAAGGAGCACCCGGAUCUCCAGGAGCUGUGGGACCCAUAGGACCACCAGGAUUGCAAGGUCCUCCAGGCCCCCCUGGUUUCCCUGGUCCUGAUGGGAAUAUGGGGUUAGGUUUCCAAGGAGAGAAAGGAGUCAAGGGGGAUGUUGGCCUGCCUGGCCCUGCAGGACCCCCACCAUCUACUGGGGAACUGGAAUUCAUGGGAUUUCCCAAAGGGAAGAAAGGAUCCAAGGGUGAACCAGGGCUUCAGGGCUUCCCAGGAAUAAGUGGUCCUCCAGAUUUCCCUGGAUUGGGUGGAUUUGGAAUUGCUGGAGAAAAAGGAGAAAAGGGAAUCCCUGGUUUGCCGGGACCUAGGGGUCCCACGGGUUUAGAAGGAGUCCAAGGCCCUCCAGGGAGUCAGGGCAAGAAGGGGUCUUCAGGUUUCCCCGGGCUUAAUGGAUUCCCAGGAAUUAAGGGUGAAAAGGGUGACAUUGGCCUGCCAGGCCCGGAUGUUUUCAUCGAUACAGAUGGUGCUGUGAUCUCAGGUUAUCCUGGAGACCCCGGUAUGCCAGGCCUCCCAGGCCUUAAAGGAGACGAAGGCAUCCAGGGCCUGCCUGGCCCUCCUGGUGCCCCUGGAUUACCAGCUUUACCGGGUGGCCCCGGUGCUCUAGGGCUCCAGGGAGUUCCAGGCCUGAAGGGGGACCGAGGAAACCCCGGCCGCACCACAAUUGGGGCAGCUGGCCUCCCUGGGAGAGAUGGUUUGCCAGGCCUACCAGGCCUACCAGGCCCACCCGGUCCAGCAUUUGAGACGGGAACUCUACAGAGCACAGAGCCAGGGUUGCCUGGUCUCCGAGGAGAACGAGGUCCGAAAGGCAACCCAGGCCUCAAAGGAAUCAAAGGGGACUCAGGUUUUUGUUCUUGUGAUGGUGGUGUCCCAAACAUUGGACCACCUGGGGAGCCAGGCCUGCCUGGGCCACCAGGUCUCCUGGGCCUUCCGGGCCUGAAAGGAACGAGAGGAGAUCCAGGCUCUGGGGGUGCACAGGGCCCAUCAGGGUAUCCAGGUGUAUUUGGGCCUCGAGGUCUGGCAGGCCCCAAAGGAAAGAAAGGGGAAGCGACUCUCAGUACAGAAUCAGGGAUGCCAGGAGAUCAGGGUGAUCCUGGUCCCCAGGGGCUCCCUGGUGAGACAGGAGCCCCAGGCAAGGACGGAGUACCAGGUUUACCAGGCCUGCCAGGCUUUCAGGGUGAUGGUGGACAGGGCUUCCCAGGUGAGAAGGGGUUACCAGGACUUCCUGGUGAAAAAGGCCGCACUGGUCCAAUUGGCCCCCCGGGAAUUGGGCUACCAGGAUCUUCUGGACCUCGUGGACUUCCUGGAGAUAAAGGGGUAGAUGGAUUCCCAGGGCAACCAGGCCCCCCUGGGAUUCCAGGUGACUGCUGCUGCAGGGAGAAGGUUGGGCGAGGAGACUUAGACACAGAGGGAGGUAUCACCUUGCCUUGUAUUAUUCCUGGGCCAUACGGUCCAUCAGGAUUCCCAGGAGCUCCCGGAUUCCCAGGCCCUAACGGGGCCCGUGGCCUCCCUGGGACUCCAGGCCAGCCUGGAUUGCGUGGAAAUAAAGGAGAGCCCGGAAGUCCAGGAUUGGUUCACCUCCCUGAAUUGCCAGGAUUUCCUGGACCUCGUGGAGAGAAGGGCUUGCCUGGAUUUCCUGGGCUCCCUGGAAAAGAUGGCUUGCCUGGGCAAGUUGGCAGUCCUGGCUUACCAGGUCCCAAGGGAGCCCCUGGUGACAUCAUUGGUGCUGAAAACGGUGCUCCUGGGGAGCAAGGCCUACAGGGACUGCCAGGGGACAGAGGAGUUCCUGGAGACUCUGGCCUUACAGGACCCAAGGGUUUGCUUGGGAAGUCGGGCUUGCUCGGCCCCAAAGGUGAGCGGGGCAGCCCUGGAGUACCAGGCCGCGCAGGACAGCCAGGCCCCCGGGGGUCUGGUGGUCUAUUCGGCAUCAAGGGCAAACCCGGGCUCCCAGGAGCACCAGGCUUUCCAGGCGCUUCAGGACAUCCUGGCAAGAAAGGUCCAAGAGGCGAUAUAGGUCCCCCUGCAUCAGCUGGAAAGAGAGGCCUGUCUGGGCUGAAAGGCCUUCCGGGACCUCCAGGGCUAAUUGGCUUCCUGGGGAACUCCGGCUUGCCAGGGGCCACUGGACUGCCAGGACUGCCAGGUCCGAAGGGUGAGAAGGGAUCUGUUGGACUGAUAGGUUUUCCAGGGAUUCCAGGUCUCCCUGGUAUUCCUGGUGCAAGUGGAUUAAAGGGAAUUCCUGGGUCGGUGGGAAGAGUUGGACCAUCUGGACAGGCUGGUAGCCCUGGUGAAAAAGGAGACAGAGGCGACCCGGGGCCAGUCGGAGUACCCAGCCCCAGACUUCCCGUGCUGAACCUCCACCUCACAGGAGACAAAGGCUCUCAGGGCUCAGCUGGAUCCAUCGGAUUUCCUGGGCCCAGAGGUGACAAAGGUGAGGCUGGCCGCCCCGGGCCACCAGGCUUGCCUGGAGCUCCUGGCUUCCCCAGCGUCGUCAAGGGACUUAGUGGGAGACCAGGCCCCCCUGGCUCCACAGGACUACGGGGCUUACCCGGCCUGAAGGGGUCCCCUGGAAUCACAGGUUUCCCAGGAAUACCAGGAGAAAGUGGUUCACAGGGUCUCAAUGGAGCUCCCGGGCUCCCAGGAGCAUCUGGUCUCCCAGGUUUAAAAGGAGAUCGAGGCCAGACACUUGGAAUUUCUGGUAGCCCAGGACCCAAGGGACAACCUGGGGAGCCUGGUUUCAAAGGUGUGAAAGGAAAAGAUGGACCAGUUGGUGAUGUGGGUUUCCCAGGAAACAAAGGUGAAGAUGGGAAAGCUGGUCUUUCUGGAGAUGUUGGCCUUCCUGCCUCCUCAGGACUCCCCGGGGUCGCAGGCAUGAGAGGAAAUCCAGGGCUUCCAGGUUCUUCAGGCCACCCAGGGGCAGCUGGGCCCCUGGGACCCCCUGGCCUAAUAGGAACCAAAGGUUUCCCUGGACUUCCUGGUUUACAUGGACUGAAUGGGCUACCAGGAACCAAGGGAACCCAUGGAACUCCAGGACCUAGUAUAACCGGUGUGCCUGGGCCAGCUGGCCUGCCUGGUCCCAAAGGAGAAAAAGGUUCUCCAGGAAUUGGCAUCGGAGCCCCAGGAAAGCCAGGCGUGAGAGGACCAAAAGGUAGCCGAGGUUUCCCAGGUCUCCAGGGCCGUGCUGGUCUCCCUGGUGCCCCAGGCCUCUCCUUGCCCUCAGUCAUAGCAGGACAGCCUGGCGACCCCGGGCGACCAGGCCUAGAUGGAGAACGAGGCCGCCCAGGCCCCCCGGGCCCCCCAGGCCCCCCUGGGCCAUCCUCGGAUCAAGGCGACCCGGGAGACCCUGGCUUCCCUGGAAUUCCUGGCCCUCAAGGGCCCAAGGGAGACCAAGGAAUUCCAGGUUUCUCUGGCCUCCCUGGAGAGCUAGGACUGAAAGGCAUGAGAGGUGGGCCUGGCUUCAUGGGGACUCCAGGCAAAGUUGGGCCACCUGGAGACCCAGGACUUCCGGGGAUGAAGGGGAAGGCAGGGCCAAGAGGCUUAUCCGGCCCCCGAGGCGCUCCUGGACAAACACCAAUUGCAGAAGCCAUCCAGGCUCCUCCUGGACCCAUGGGUCUAACAGGCAUCGAUGGCAUCCCUGGCCUCAUGGGGGACCCUGGGAUCCAAGGCCCUGGAGGCCUACAAGGCUUCAAAGGUUUACCUGGCAUCCCGGGCAAAGAUGGCCCCAAUGGACUCCCUGGCCCACCUGGGGCUCUUGGUGAUCCUGGUCUCCCUGGACUGCAAGGCCCUCCAGGAUUUGAAGGAGCUCCAGGGAGGCCGGGCCCCUUCGGGAGGGCUGGAAUGCCUGGGCAGAGCGUGAGAGUGGGCUACACCUUGGUGAAGCACAGCCAGUCGGAACAGGUGCCCCUGUGCCCCGUCGGGAUGAGCCAGCUGUGGGUGGGUUAUAGCCUGCUGUUCGUGGAGGGGCAGGAGAAAGCCCACAACCAGGACCUGGGGUUUGCUGGCUCCUGCCUGCCCCGCUUCAGCACCAUGCCCUUCAUCUACUGCAACAUCAACGAAGUGUGCCACUAUGCCCGGCGCAACGAUAAAUCCUACUGGCUCUCCACCACCGCGCCCAUCCCCAUGAUGCCCGUCGGCCAGACGCAGAUUCCCCAGUACAUCAGCCGCUGCUCUGUGUGUGAGGCGCCCUCGCAAGCCAUUGCCGUGCACAGCCAGGACAUCACCAUCCCGCAGUGCCCCCUGGGCUGGCGCAGCCUCUGGAUUGGGUACUCCUUCCUCAUGCACACGGCCGCCGGCGCUGAGGGCGGCGGCCAGUCCCUGGUCUCCCCUGGCUCCUGCCUAGAGGAUUUCCGAGCCACUCCUUUCAUCGAGUGCAGUGGUGCCCGGGGCACCUGCCACUACUUUGCCAACAAGUACAGUUUCUGGCUGACGACGGUGGAAGAGAGGCAGCAGUUUGGGGAGGAGCCUGUAUCUGAGACGCUGAAAGCCGGGCAGCUCCACACCCGGGUCAGCCGCUGCCAGGUGUGUAUGAAAAGCGUGUAGGGUGGCACCUGCCACUCUGCUCCUUGCCCUCCCCUGCCCCGCACAACGGUCACCUCACACACCUGAGCGGUCUGAAGAAGGAAAGCCAAGCCCUUUUGCCCAUCUGUCAAGUUGUACAUCGGCGUCUCGUUUGGGCUAGACUACGGGACACUGAUCACCCCCACCCUCAGGCCCCAUGGGUGAGCCCGCCCUGCUGAGAGCUGCUGUCCCAUUUCGGUGCUACAGUUUGCUUUGGAUGUUUGUGUGACUCUUCAUGGCUACCUCAGAAAGACCUGCUGGGCCACCACUUUCUUAGAAUGCUAGCUUUCCUCACUCUCUUGAUCAGAAAGCUCUCCGUGAUAGCUAAAGGAGUCAUUUCAUUAUGGCCAGAGGUCACCGCACAUCAUUUGGCUUAAACUAGAGCCCAGU